CGCAUAAAGAAACCACGAUCAGGUACAAAAGGUGGAUAAGUACCUCUAUCACCUCCGCCUGUCUGAGGAGACGCUGCUGGACGUCUCCAAGCGCUUCCUGAAGGAGAUGAAGAAGGGCCUGGGCAGGGACACCAACGCCACAGCCACGAUCAAGAUGCUGCCCACGUUUGUGCGCUCCACUCCCGACGGCACGGAGAACGGGGAGUUCCUGGCGCUGGAUCUGGGCGGGACGAACUUCCGCGUGCUGUGGGUCAAGGUGUUGGACAACGGGAAGCAGAAGGUGGAGAUGGAGAAUCAGAUCUACGCCAUCCCGGAGGAUCUGAUGAGGGGCAGUGGCACGCAGCUCUUUGACCACAUCGCAGAGUGCCUGGCUAAUUUCUUGGAGAAACUGAAGAUCAAGGAUAAGAAACUUCCUUUGGGAUUCACCUUCUCCUUCCCCUGCCAGCAAUCCAAACUGGACGAGAGUAUCCUGGUCAGCUGGACGAAGGGGUUCAAGUCCAGCGGCGUGGAGGGGCGCGACGUGGUCACUCUGCUCAGGAAAGCCAUUAGUAAGAGAGGGGAUUUCGAUAUCGAUAUUGUCGCCGUGAUCAACGACACAGUUGGCACUAUGAUGACCUGCGGCUACGACGACCAUGACUGUGAAAUUGGACUGAUCGUCGGCACUGGCACCAACGCCUGCUACAUGGAGGAGAUGCGCCACAUUGACCUGGUGGACGGGGACGAGGGGCGCAUGUGUGUCAACAUGGAAUGGGGCGCCUUCGGGGACGAUGGGGUGCUGGACGACAUCAGGACGGAGUUCGACCGCGAGAUCGACAUGGGCUCGCUGAACCCCGGCAAGCAGCUCUUUGAGAAGAUGAUCAGCGGGAUGUACAUGGGAGAGCUGGUCCGGCUCAUCCUGGUCAAGAUGGCGAAGGAGGGCCAGCUGUUCGGAGGCAGGAUCACCCCCGACCUGCUGACCACCGGUCACUUCGAGACCACGUUCGUCUCGGCCAUCGAGAAGGAGAAGGAGGGUCUGUCGAAGGCAGAGGAGAUCCUGUCCCAGCUGGGUCUGGAGCCGUCGAAGGAGGACUGCGUGGCGACACAGCGGAUCUGCAAGAUCGUGUCUGAGCGCGCCGCUAACCUGUGCGCCGCCACGCUGGCCGCGGUGCUGGGGCAGAUCAAGGAGAACAAGGGCGUGGAGCAGCUCAAGAGCACCGUGGGGGUCGACGGCUCGGUCUACAAGAAGCACCCACAGUUCGCUCGGCAUCUGCAGAAGAUGGUGCGGCGCCUGGCUCCGGGCUGCGUGGUGCGUUUCCUGCGCUCGGAGGAUGGCAGCGGGAAGGGCGCCGCCAUGGUGACCGCCGUGGCGUACCGGUUGAUCAGUCAGAAGGAGGAGCGCCGGGCCACGCUGGACGCCUUCCGCCUGAGCAGGGAGCAGCUGGCCAGGGUGAAGCAGAGCAUGAGGGAGGAGAUGGAGAGGGGGCUCAGAAAGGAGACCCACGAUGCGGCCACGGUCAAGAUGCUGCCCACGUACGUGCGCUCCACACCCGACGGCACAGAAAAGGGUGAUUUCCUGGCGCUGGAUCUGGGCGGGACGAAUUUCCGUGUGCUGCUGGUGCGCGUGCGAAAUGGGAAGAAGAGAACCGUGGAAAUGCACAACAAGAUCUACUCCAUCCCACUGGAGGCCAUGCAAGGGACUGGGGAGGAGCUGUUUGACCACAUUGUCCACUGCAUCGCAGACUUCCUGGAGUACAUGGGGAUGAAGGGCCUGGCUCUGCCCAUGGGCUUCACCUUCUCCUUCCCCUGUCAGCAGAAGAGCCUGGACGAGGGUAUCUUGUUGAAGUGGACGAAGGGGUUCAAAGCAACGGGCUGUGAGGGUGAAGAUGUGGUCCGUCUGCUCAAAGAUGCCAUUCAUCGCAGAGAGGAGUUUGAUCUGGAUGUCGUCGCUGUCGUGAACGACACCGUUGGGACCAUGAUGACCUGCGGCUAUGAGGAUCCGUGCUGUGAAGUGGGGCUCAUCGUAGGCACCGGAAGUAAUGCUUGCUACAUGGAGGAGAUGUGCAAUGUGGAGCUGGUGGACGGGGACGAGGGACACAUGUGUGUCAACAUGGAGUGGGGCGCCUUCGGGGACAACGGCUGCCUGGAUGACGUGAGGACCCCCUUCGACUGCGCCGUGGACGAGCUGUCACUCAACCCGGGCAAGCAGAAGUUUGAGAAGAUGAUCAGUGGGAUGUAUCUGGGAGAGAUUGUGCGGAACAUUCUGAUUGAUUUCACAAAGAGAGGGCUGCUCUUCAGGGGCAGGAUCUCAGAGAGGCUGAAGACUCGAGGAAUCUUCGAGACCAAGUUCCUGUCCCAGAUAGAGAGUGACCGUCUGGCCUUGAGGCAGGUGCGCUCCAUCCUGCAGCACCUGGGUCUGGAGAGCACGUGCGACGACAGCAUCAUCGUGAAGGAGGUGUGCACGGCCGUGGCUUGCCGUGGCGCGCAGCUCUGCGGGGCCGGGCUGGCUGCCGUGGUGGAUAAGAUCCGGGAGAACCGGGGCCUGGACUCUCUGCGUGUCACCGUGGGGGUAGACGGCACUCUCUACAAGCUACACCCACAUUUCUCUAACGUGCUGCAGGAGACCGUGAGGGACCUGGCCCCUAAGUGCACCGUCUCAUUCCUCCAAUCAGAAGACGGCAGCGGGAAAGGGGCCGCGCUUAUCACAGCGGUGGCCUGUAGGAUCCGGGAGGCGGGGCAGCACUGAACCUCUGCACCAAUCAGAGAGCAGAAAGGCGGGAGAGGCACUGAAAGAGAGAGGCACAAUUGUAAAUAUAGCAAUAACAGUUUCCCCACAAGCAAACGUGGUUUGCAGUUUAAAAAAAACAAAAACAAAACCAAAACAAAACAAACAAGAUUGAUUACAAAAAAAAAAAAAAAAAAAAAAGAUUUAUAUGUUUAUGCACUGAAGGGUUCUGGGGAGAAGCUGUAGAGUAAAAUGUGUCAGGUAUGAAGAGCACGCAUCUGAUGCACCCUGCUUACAAAACCCCUCUGCUGGAACCUCCAGGAAUUACACCUCGCUCUUCCUGAGACAGAAAGGAGGCUGAAUUCUUGAAGGGUUGUGUGGAGGGAUUUCAUGAAAGCGGGUCAGCUUAACUUUGUAAAAAUUGACACGAACUCCUGCUAAUGCGUGCAAAGUAGGUUUAGAAUGGCAAGCAUUGCUGUUGAAACCAGAAUACAGGAGGAAUUGCGAUUUGCUUUGGAUGCAUAGGCUUGGUCCUGGAUUCCUUUAUUCAUUUAUUUUAUAAUAAUAAUAAUAAUAAUAAUAAUAAUAAUAAUAACAAUCAUAAUUUUCUCGUUAGUGUUGGAUGCGUCACAGGACUGGAUUUGAAGGUGUGCAUUCAACCGCAGAGGUCUCGAACAAUCCGCGCCUUGUCUUUUUUAUUUAUUUAUUUAUUUAUUGAAUUAAGUAUUUGCUUUUAUUGGCAAGAUCCCCCAACCUCUGAAAGCACCCUCCCAGCGCUAUGCAACCGGUCUCUUCUUGGAGCUGCAGUCGCCAACUCACGUCACCCUGUAAAACAAGUCGCUUUCUCGCUGUAGUUCCGGUGCCAGCGGAAUUGUUUUGUAGGAAUUGCAAUUUCAAUCAGUGUUAUUUUAUUCAUUUCAAAUGACGCUGCGGUGAUUCCCCCCCAGUCUCUGUCGCUUUGCAUAAAGGCGUCUGCUAUAUGACUAUUCAUUUAAUUAUUAUUAGUAGUAUUAUCACAGGCACAAAUACAGAAACAUACUAUAGAAAAUAAAGUAAUUCAAACGGAGGUCACCAAAAGUGGUUGAAAAUACAAGAAUAACAAUUGAAUGACAUGAAUGCAUAAUUGAUCAGUCAGUUAUAUGGUCAGUUACAGCUCCAUUUAAAGGCAGGGGAAACUGAUCGUAACUAUGUCUUUGUGACCUGGGUUAUGGUCUCUGUAGAGACUUGUGUAGAUGAACCUUGUCACUGUAUUUAUUCACCUGCAGAGUCUAGUCUUCGAUGUGCUGAAGAUUUGCUACUGUGUGAAACUUUAAAACUCUUACUGCAAAUUAGAUAGCGUGUAAAAUAUAGUGGUCUAUAUUGAAGCAAAUGCAUGUUAUGCCAAAGUAACCUCACCUUUUAAAUAAGUUGUUUACCUUUUAAAUCUAAUUAGAACUAUGUAGUUCUGCCAGCUGGCUGUAUUAUAUAACUUAACUUCAAUAAGGGGGUGUAGUUUAUAGACUGGAAAUACCCCUAUCGUUGUGUUGGACUACUCCACCUCCCAGAGCAGGUGGUGGUAAGGAAGCUACCAUCGUGCCAAAUGGGGGUACAUUCUUAGUAUUGUUUAAAAGUAAAGGCUCCCGGCUUGAAAUUAAUUAGAAUGUGGAUUAAUUUUCUUUAAAAAAAAAAAAAAAAAAUAUAUAUAUAUAUAUAUAUAUAUAUAUAUAUAUAUAUAUAUAUAUAUAUAUAUAUAUAUAUAUAAUAAUAAUUUGUCUGUGCAUAAAGCAAGGUGGCAUUUGAUAAACACUGACUGAUGCUGUCCGACAGGGUGUCACAUUAAGACACUAAAUGUAAUUCACUCACAAACAUGAACAAAGAGACGCAGAGAGGACUGACCAGCAGCCUCUACACCAGGACACGGAUUCAAUCGUCUUCUCCUUGUUUCAAUAUGUUGCUGCAUGUUUAAAGCACAGCAUCGCGGGACUGCGUUUUGAUUGUAGAGUCUACAGGCUUUUCAAACACAAUGAAAACCUUAAAUAUGAAAGGGUCUCUAUGCUGUGGAGGUCAGCGAGCUGCACACAGCACUGUGCGAAUGUAUCAGGACACCUCCAGAUCUGUCGUUGAUAUCCUUCAUAUACCCGCCUGCAUGUGUGGCUCUGUGUUCCUUUUCUCUGACUAUUUUAAUUGAAUUGCAUGUGUGCUCUGUUAAAGACAUCCAUUAAAUGAGACAAUCCCUCACUCGCCUGUUUUGCUCCAGAUUUUCAGCUCCAGUGGUUUGAUUUCAGACGCACAGCAAAUCAGAU